AAAGAUCGAAGAAACGAAAAAAGAAAGCAGCUUGACGUUGUCGAUAUCCAACUCCCGUAGUUCGCAGUUUGAGUCUCUUCCGCCAGUCGUCAAGCUUCUUCGGUAUCUCUUCUGAUAGGCGAGACUAGACGCCAAUGCCUUGACGAUGAAGUUCUUCGAAAGCACCUUCAACUACGACUACUCUUUUCCCGCUGUCUCCCUCGCCUACUUCCUCCGUUAUCCGAACCCUUACUCUCGCCAUGUCCUGACGACCGAUGUCAUUGAUCGCUAUGUCGAUCCUAUCACAGAGCGCUUGCAUACUACCCGGCUGAUACUCAAGAGAUCCAAGAUUCCCUCGGCCAUGUUGAAGUUGCUGCCCAAGGGAAUUGGUGGCAGUGAGAAUUCAGGCCAAAGUUUUAUCCUUGAGACUACCGUUGUAGACCUGAAAGAAGGCUGGAUGCAGACGGAAUCGCGGAAUAUGGAGUGGACGGGCAUCCUCAGCGUUGUGGAGAAGCAACUAUACCGACGCCUCCCUCCCCCAUCGGAAAACGGCAGCUCCAAACCCCGGACGUGGUGGUCAGGCUCGUCCAUUGAUGAGCCAAAGGAUGAGAGGACAAGCGUGAAAACCACUGUUAUAUUUCGAUCAAGCCUAGGGCAAGCGAUGCUCAAUCGUCCCAAGAAGAUCGACUCUUUCUCAGCAGGCGAACAUGCUGAGGAAGAUCCUCAUAGCAGACGAGGCCUCCUUGCAUCAUGGUCAACGGCCGGGAUCCAGCGGACAAUUGAACUCGUGGGCGUAAAGCGGACCCGAGAUGCUGUGCUGAGGAGCAAGCAGGGCAUGAACGUGGUUUUGGAGCGGUUACGAAAUGGCGGAAUCGUCGGUGUCCUGGAGGGGAUGCGGGAGGAUCGUGAAGCUGGCCAUGAGGGGCCGUGGAAGCGUGUCUGGAUGCACGGCGUUCACGGUCAUCACGAGCAACCCCAUUCCCAUAACAAUGCCGAUGACGAUGGUUAAGUUGGGAUCUCGCCAGCGGACAUGGAAUAUCCUCGACACCCUGCAUUAUCCAGCAUUGGAGUAACCAAUUGCCCUUCAAUCGCCUCGUGGCUUUGGCCCACUCAAACAUAAUUUUCUACUUCAUACAACAAAAUCAGCAUGGUGUUCUGGCGUUACGGUUCUGGAUUUCAAACAUCUCCUAUUCCUUUGUUUCUACUUUUGAAAUUUUGCGCCAUUUUGACCUUUUACAUAGUUGAUUCUUUUUCUUUUCGAUGUGAUUAUUAGCAUUAUUAUUUUUCUGUUAGCUGCACAAAAAGCUGGCAAAGGGUGAGCAACAAAAAAGGAAAUGACCCAUUCCUAACCUGUACAUUAUUCUACCCGUCAGAUUAGAUAUGGCGCAUGGUAUAUGGAGGUUGGCGGUUGGGUGAUUGACUGCCUAGUGUUGAACAGGCGCUCUGAGUUGCCUGUUCUUCAUGUAUUUACUUACCUUUUUAUAUAUAUAUAUAUACAUAUUUUCUUCUUCCUUAGCCGUCCUGAUAUAGUUACACCGGAUAUAUAGGAAAUGCAACGCUGGCUACGCCCUUAGAGAAGAUUUCACCGACAGACCCUUUGCCUCAUUUCGUAGCUGUUGCGAGAAUCCGAUUGUACAGUACUAUACAACAUCGAUAUUACCAGUAUAUAUAUUAUUUAAUGACAAUCAUAAUCAGUUCUUAAGUACUAGUACAUUAGCUUUCCAUCAUUUU